AGCGGCUCCCUUCAGUUCAACACCUACGAGACUAGCUGCCCCCUCGUUGAGCCUAUCAUAUUCGCCGGCGUCGAGCGUGCCGUCUCCGUUGCACCACGCAUGGCUGCUUCCCUCCUCCGCCUCCACUUCCAUGAUUGCUUCGUCAAUGGUUGCGAUGCAUCCAUACUGCUUGACGACACGGCUACUUUCAUUGGAGAGAAGACAGCGGCGCCGAACCUCAACUCUUUGAGAGGGUUCGACGUGAUCGAUAACAUCAAGGCCGAGCUCGAGACGGUCUGCCCCGGCAUAGUGUCGUGUGCUGACAUCCUUGCCGUCGCCGCUCGGGAUUCUGUUCUAUUGUUGGGUGGUCCUUCAUGGCAGGUGGAGAUGGGAAGGAAGGAUAGCUUCAGUGCAAACAAGACAGAAGCUGAGAAUACCCUUCCUGGCCCCAACUCCAACGUUGCAACUCUUACCCAGAAGUUUCAAAAUGUUGGAAUCUCUCAGAGAGACAUGGUGAUUCUUUCAGGAGCUCACACAAUCGGCAAAGCCCGGUGCGCCACAUUCAGUUCCAGGUUCAGCUUUUCUGGGCCAGGUUCAUCAGUCUUAGGUGACCAAGAGUUUAUUGUUUCGCUACAGCAACUAUGUUCUUCAGGCUCCAACAACACACAGGUCGACCUUGACCUGGUCACCCCUUCCACCUUUGACAAUCAGUACUACGUGAACCUCCUGUCUGGCGACGGUCUGCUUCCUUCUGACCAGGCUUUACUGGGUCCUGACGCCGGAGUAGUAGAGGCGCUGGUUGGCUCCUAUGCUGCUGAUGUUGACGCCUUCUUCGAGGAUUUCAAGGCGGCGAUGGUGAGGAUGGGGAGGUUGGUGUCGCCGGCGGGGAAUGGCGGCGAGGUGCGAAGGUGCUGCAGGGUGGUCAAUAGCUAG